CCAGAAACGAAACUGCUGGCGGCGACGAGUCCCCGGGUCCCCCCGAGCCCCCCACCCCGGCGGCGGCGGCGGCGGCGGCGGCGGCGGUUUCAUGAGCUCGCACCAAUGGCUGGCAGGUACAUAGUGAGCUAGGACACAUCCACUCGCUCCAUGGCACCUCCUCUCCCUGGCAUCGCCUGGUAGGACCUUCCCGACGUUCAUUUUGCUCCGCUCAAGCCACCACCAAAGAUGCCGACAGCCAAUGGCCCAGGGGUGCCGCUGGGCAGCCUCCAGAAGCAUCUGGAGCUGCUCCUGGUCUGCUCCAAGUGCAGCGUGAAGGAGAAUGAGAUCACCUACCACCCGCGGGAGGUGGAGCACAAGUGCAUGUAUGAGAUCCUGCUGGCCCGCUGCCGCAGCCACCGGAGCACGGCCUGGAGGAAGGUGUCCCGGCGGCCCGGCUUCCCCAACCCGGCACGCUACGCCGUCUGCAGGUACUACGUGAUGGGGAUGGGCUGCAGCAGGCACAAGAACCAGUGCACCUUUGCCUGGAGUGUGGAGGAGGCCAUGGUCUGGAACUUUGAGAGGGAACACCAGCUGGAGCGCCGCUGGCUGAAGGCGGCAGUGCUGCAGGCACAGCUGGGGAGUCACCCCCACACUGCCCCCCACCCCACUGCCAGCGCUGCCAGUGAGAUCACCAGCGAGUUCGGGGGGCACUUCCAGGAGAUCUGCAGGCGUUGUUUUUUCGGCUGCCCCCAGCGCAUCUCGGUGGGUGGCCACAGGCGGUUCUGCGAGUCCCACCGCGCCUGGGACCCGCUCCUGGUGCACGUGGUGCUGGACAGCCAGAAGAAGCAGCAGUACACAGCCAUCCGGCCCUGCCCCGAGUUCAUCUCGACCCUCAACUACUGCCGGUUCGUCUCCCGGGGCCAGCCCUGCAGGCACGGCCUGCACCGCUGCCAGUUUGCCCACAGUGACGUGGAGAUGGCCGUCUGGGAGGCCGAGAGGGAGGAGGGCUUGCUGCGCUCCGACCUGCUGCCGCCCGUGGGCACCUGCAGCACCAACGGCGAGCCAGAGGCACCCACGCCGGUGCACUUCUACUGCCGGAUCUGCCUGGUGACCUUCAGCUCGCAGGAGAGCUUUGAGAACCACUGCUCCUCCGUCGAGCACAUGCAGAUGCUCUCGGCCGACGGCUCUGUGCAGUGGGUGCACCGCGCGCCGCCGCUCGGGCUGACCAAGUUCUCGCUGUGCAGCAGAGCGGAGGUGUGUGAAAUGGGGAAUAGCUGCACCAAGGCUCAUUCCAAAGAGGAGCUGCAGGAGUGGAUCCAGAGGGUGAAGGUUGCCGUGAAGAAAAAGAAGCAAGCCCUGAAGGACGGGCUCUUGUCCUACCAGGACCGGCUCAUUGCCGAGUAUCGGUCGUGCUCCAACGAGGUGUUAAUUAUGUCUGAGCAUGUUGAGGGUGCCAGAGUUGUGUGUGAGCAGCCUCUGCAAGUGCAGCUGGAGGACAGGAGGAUGAAAUACCAGUGGCGGUUCAAGGUCCACACUCAGAUGUCUCUGCAGCACGUGGCCCUGCUGAAGCGGGAACCUGGAGUCAAAUUCUACUUCUCAGGGAAUGGCCUUUCCCAGGACCUCCAGUACCUCCGGGGGGAGCACGUGGCCAUCGUGUCCUCCUCGCCCCGCACGGCGCUGGUGGAGGUCAGCAUGGAGUGCUGCACGCUGGGGGUCUUCGAGCAGUGGGUGGUCUUUGACUUCGGCAAACGCCCCGUCCUCAUGCAGAAGAUCAAAGUGAAGGUGGGCAGGAGGGAGACCCCCCAGCACGUCCCCAGCAGCAAGGAGAGCAGCCGACUCGUCAACUUUGAGCGAUGGGAUAGAGGUAACCGGAUCAUCAUUCCCAGCGUGCCAAGGACUGCCGAAGACAUGGCUCUGCUGGCGAAGUACAAGCCUCCUGCUCUUGCGCUGGAUUACCAAAGUGAGGGUGGUGCAGUGGUUCCCAUCACCCGGCUCAACUAUCGGGACAGGAUGCACAGCUUCCUCUUCCGUGAGGAGGAAGCCGAGCAGGCUCUGAUUGCCAAACUCAACCUGCGGGUCCUCAUCUCCCUGACCCCCAUGCUGCAGAGCCUCUCCAUGGGGAUGAAGUUUGCUGUCUCUGGGGAGCUGUUUGCUGAAGUGCCUACCCCAUACAACCUCUCGCCGGACACGGACGAGGGGUACCUGCUGAGCAGGUCUGUGCCCACUGCUUUCCUGGCACCUGACCCACCUGUAGACAACCGGGUUUAUGAAGUUAUUGUGGAGCACAAAGCCACCACGGAGAAGACCAUCUGGCUACAGAUACCAAACAGAUGCUGCUUGGAGCUGAACUUCAAGGCAAACACCUCCCACAAGGUGGAGAUCCAGUUCCAAAUCGACCAACUACUGUUCCGGCAGUGGCACCAGGCUGUGGACCGCCUGUUGGAUGAGAAGUUGGUCCUGCCAGAUGUUGCCAGUUGCACCAUCCCCUACUCUCUUGGGUCACCGCAGCGAGGGAAUAGCAAGCAGAAACAAGCCAUCUCCUUCAUCACAGGCCAGAAGACCACGAGCCGGCAGGUCCCACCUCUGCUCAUCUAUGGGCCUUUCGGUACAGGGAAGACGUUCACCUUGGCCAUGGCCACCUUGGAGAUCCUCAGGCAGCCCAACACACGGGUGCUGAUCUGCACUCACACGAACAGUGCUGCUGACAUCUACAUCCGGGAGUACUUCCACAACUACGUGAUCAACGGGCACCCGUGGGCUGUCCCCCUGAGGAUUAUAUCCACCGACCGGCCCGUCAACCUGACGGACCCCAUCACCCAGAUGUACUGCUGCCUCUCGCCAGACCAGCGCUCCUUCCGGCACCCCACGCAGCAGGAGAUCGACAAGCACCACAUCAUUAUUACCACCUCCAUGUUAUCCAAGAACUUGAAGGUUCCCCCAGGCUACUUCACCCACAUCAUGAUCGACGAGGCUGCGCAGAUGCUGGAGUGUGAAGCUUUGGUUCCGCUCUCCUUCGCCACCUUUGAGACCCGGAUUGUCCUCGCCGGGGACCACAUGCAGAUAACCCCCAAGCUGUUCUGUGUUGGGGGUGGGCAAUCUGCUGAUCACACCCUCCUGAACCGGCUCUUUCAGUUCUACCAGAGGGAGAGGCAUGAAGUGGCCAUGAAGAGCAGGAUCAUCUUCAAUGAGAAUUACCGUUCCACUGCAGGCAUCAUUGAGUUUGUCUCCAAGCACUUCUACAUUGGCAAUGGCAAUGCUAUCCAAGCCAGUGGGAACAUCCCACCCCAUCCCGAAAUCUACCCGCUCGUGUUCUGCCACGUGUCUGGUGUGGCUGAAAGGGAUAUCUCCAUGAUUUCUUGGCACAACGCCUCCGAGAUAAUACAAGUGAUUGAGAAAGUGAAGGAGAUCUAUCAGAGGUGGCCAGAUGAGUGGGGUGUCCGGGAUCUGAAGAAGAUCUGUGUGGUCUCCCAUGGAAUGCAGGUUUCUGCAACAAGACAAGAGCUGAGGAAAAAGCAGCUACAAGAUGUGGUGGUGGAAAACUAUGAAAACUUGCCAGGGCGGGAGUUUCGGGUCAUCAUCAUCAGCACAGUCCACACCAGCGAGAGCCUGCGCAUCUCAGCCUCGCACCACCUCGAGUUCUUCAACGAGGCCAGAGUGCUCAACACCAUCAUGACCCGGGCUCAGUCGCUGGUGGUGGCAGUGGGGGAUGCCGUGGCCUUGUGCUCCCAUGGCCAGUGCAGCAAGGUGUGGAAGCGCUUCAUCCAGCAGUGCAUCGACAAGGGGAGCAUCUUCCCAGAGAACCUGACGAUGGCCCAGAUCAAACAGGCUGCUUGUGACAAGGAGAGCUGGAGCAGAAGCCCAGAGAGGAAUGAGGAGGACAGUGACACGGAUUCCUCUAGCUCUGAAGAUGAGAGCAUGAAUCCCGAUGAUCCCAUCCUCCAGGAGCUCUUAGAUGAGAGCAAGAACAUGCUGGUGACAGUGUCCGAAGAAGGGCUGCUGAAUGUGAAGUCUGAGGCUUCAAACCUGUGGGCAGACAAGCAGGAAUACACCAGCUUCUCUUCUCAGAUGAUGCAGCUGUAUCUGCACAUGCACCCCAAUAUGUACAAGAGAUGCGAGCUGAUCAAAGAGGGGUUCGACAGAGCUUCUGCCUUCACCCUCAACGACUCCCCUGCCAUGAACAUUCAGAUCAAGGGCAGAGUUCACUGUGGGACAGCCUUCACUGGGGACGAGGUGCUGGUGGAAAUCCUGCAGGGCAGCACGGCCGACAGCAGCAGCCACCGCCCGCAGGGGAAGGUCGUGGGCAUCCUAAAGCGCGCCGAGAGAGAACGGAGCUUCAUCUGCAUGAUGGACGAGUUUGAUCCCCGGGUGAUGAUACCCAUCGAUCCCACUGUCACCAAAAUAUUUGUCCCAGGGCUGAAGGAGAAACCCAAUGUCGUUCCCAUCCGCAAGCUUGUCAAUGGGAAGUACAGGGUGGUCAGCUGUGAGAAGAUCAACCAGGAGACGAGGAGGUGCCAGUUCUUCUGCGUCCAGGUUAUCUCCUGGCGGGAGGGGUUUUACUACCCUUUGGGAAUAGUAACGGAGAUCCUGCAUGCAGCAUUGACUUUGGAAGAAGGCUUAAAGAUCCUUGCCUUGGAGUAUGGUUUGGAGAAUAAAUACCCAGCUGCUGUCAACAGGGAGUUAGCCAAAUACACUUCCAACAGCAAAAUAAACCUCACCAAGGAACCCCUGAAGGACUGUCGGAGUUACCUGACCUUCACUGUUGACCCCCAGGGUGCCAGGGAUUUGGACGACGCUAUCAGUGUCAGGGAUCUUGGGCGUCACUAUGAGAUUGGGAUCCACAUUGCAGACGUGGCCGGCAUCAUUCCCAAAGGCUGCGCCUUGGACCUGGAAGCGAAGAAGCGGGGCGUCACCUACUACGCUCCCAAGCGGGAGCCUCUGGGCAUGUUCCCACCCCACAUUAGCCAGGACGUCUGCAGCCUCCUGCCGCAGAAAGAUAGACGGGUGAUCUCCUUGUUUGUCACCGUAGAAAAGGACACUGAUCAGAUGUUAAAGGAAGUCUUCACCAUCUCCGUGAUCCGCUCAGACAGGCAGCUGUCCUAUGAAGAGGCAGAGCUCUGCAUUAAGGACUGCUACAGGGGAGCAGCAAACACCCUUCGUUUUGAUACCCUGGAGGACUGCAUUGCUGUGGCUUAUCACUUCUCCAGGAUCCAUAGGAAGUUUCGGCUGCAGGAGGACUGUUUCUAUGACCGGCUGGAUGAGGAAAGUUCCCCAGGUAAGAGGGGGUCCCAUCAGAUGAUAGAGGAGUUAAUGAUCAUGUUCAACAGUUUCGUGGCUGAGUUCCUCACUGACAAGGAAGUGACCAGAAAUGUCACUCCUCUUCGGUGUCAGUGUGAGCCAAGUCUUACACAGCUGUCACACAUGAAAAACCAGUACAACCACAUCGUUCCUUUGUCCAUCCAUCUCUCACAUCACCUGGGAGAGGUGCCUCCUGGACAAGACACCCCUAAAAAUGUGGAGUUCAGUCUUCUGGCCCCCAUCUGGGAGCACCUGCAGUCGGCUGCCAGUGCCCGUGACUUCCAGAAGAUGCUAGACCUCGUCGUCACUGAUGACAUCCACCCAAAGCUGGCCCCCGUGGCCCUGGAGUUCAGGAGGCUGCUCAGCCGCUCCUAUUUCUGCCGCUCCAACUCCACUGCCCAGUCGAAAGCAGGCCAUUACUCCCUGCAUGUUGACUCGUACACCUGGGCUUCCUCUCCCAUCCGCCGAUACGUGGAUGUUGUGGUCCAGCGGCACCUUCAUUCCGUGCUCCGCAAGAAGCCCCUCAUCUAUUCUGUGGAUGACAUUGACUUUCUCUGCCACGACUUCAACAGGAAGAAUUCCCAGGCGAUGAUGUACGAGAAGAGAGCCCACUGCCUGCAGAUGGCCACCCAGCUGAAGGGCCAAGUCCUGCAGAAAAUUGCCUUCGUGGUAGAUAUCGAAGAGAUGAGCAGGUUUUUUAAAGCCUUGUUUCCCCUCAACAACGAGAGUCUUCCGGAUCCACAGAAAAUUAACUACAGGUCCCUUCAGCUGAUAGAGCAGCCCGUGUUCAUCCAGCAGCGGAGCAGCAUCAGGCUGACAUGGAAGAGGAGGAUAUACUCUGCGGAGACGAAGGAGCACAGCCUGCGGGAAGGACCUCUCCGCGACCAGAGUGUCACCCUCUUCCGCACCCAGAUGUGGCAAGACGUGCUUACAGCCAUCAGGAAGGAGCAGUUUGAGAGGGCUGCCUCCCUCCUGCAGCAGAGCAAGGAGCUGUACCAGCGGCACGUGGGAUGGGUGCGGAAGAGCCCCUGCUCACACUACAUGGAGCUGGCCCUGGAGCUGAGCACCGGCGACGCGCUGCAGUUCCAGCUCACCACCGACGUCCGCCGGGGCUUCCUGGUGCCCUUCGUGCAGCUGUGGUGUGUGACACCGGGUUUUGAUGUCUGCCUGCAGCACACGGAGAAGCCAAUUGAGUGCUUCUCUGCCUAUGCCACGCUGCAAUCCAAGGACAGGUACAAGAACACGACGGAGUACAACAAGGUGUGGAUGCCGAUGAGUGCCAUGGAGUCUGCAUCGUGUGCCGUGGCCGAGAACGACUCGAUUGUCCUCCACGAUGUUAAAAUAAAGUGGGCAAGGCAAAGGACAAGCAAAGGGCAACUGCAAGGGAACUUCAUCCUGAACAAAAAGUGGUUGGAGGAUUGCUCCAUUGAAGUGGACUUCUUCAACUGUUACCUGUGCAUCCGCUUAGAGGGGCUGAAGCUUGGGAGCCUCCAAAGCGAUGAGGAAAGCCUUAGCCGUGGCCUCCAGAACCUGACUUUGCUUGACAAGGGAAGGUCAGAGAACAAACUUGUGGUCGAUCCUGAUACCUACACCUGGGUGGCUCAUGGGAUCACUGAGGAGUUCGACGAUGACAAGAAGUCAGACAGGACUGGUCAGCAGACAAUGAACUUUUACAUCCACUAUAUGUCUAUGGAGAACAUCCCUGUGGAGAUCUCACAGCCCUCUGCCAGGUUCACGGUGGAGCUCAUACCAAAGAUGCUGCCAGAUGUACGGAAAGAAAAGGCACUUUGGAGGCUGAAAUAUGCCUCCGACCUUGCUAAAAGCAUCGCCCUUGGCCACGAACCUCCUCAGAAAGUGACAAAAUCCAGAAUCCUGAAGCAAAGAUCCUUUGAUCUCCCUGGCAGCCACAGGAAGCUUAACCAGAGUCAGUACCAGGCUAUCCAGAAUGCUCUGAGAGAUUCCUUCACGCUCAUCCAAGGCCCGCCAGGCACAGGGAAGACCGUUGUUGGAACUCACAUUGUCUACUGGUUCCAUCAACUGAAUGAGGAGAGCAUUGAGAAGGAUGAAACACCAUGCUUGGAAAAAGAAAAGUCCAAAAAGAGAAAGUGCAUCUUGUACUGUGGCCCAUCCAACAAGUCUGUUGAUGUUGUUGCUGAGAUGCUGCUGAAGAUGAAGAGCCUGAAACCACUGAGAGUUUACGGGGAAGCCAUUGAGGCGAUGGAAUUCCCGUAUCCAGGGAGCAACCGGCAGCUCUCCCGUAAAUCCCUGCGGGAUACAAAGCCAAAGCGUGAGCUCAGCGAUAUAAUCCUGCAUCACCUCAUCCGGCGGGAGCCCAGCCCUUUCUGGCAGGAGAUCCGUCACUUUGACACUCGGAUGAGGAAUGGAGACCAGAUCACAGAAGCAGAAACACAGAAGUACAAAGAGUGGCUGUCAAGUGGUCGCACGUAUCAGCUGCAGCGUCACGAUGUCAUCCUGUGCACGUGCUCUGCCUCAUCUUCCAACAUGCUGGAGCAGCUCAAUGUCAAGCAGAUAAUCAUUGACGAGUGUGCCAUGUCCACAGAGCCUGAGACCCUCAUCCCCUUGGUCGGCCACCACCGUGCUGAGAAGGUUGUUUUGCUCGGGGAUCACAAGCAGCUGAAGCCGGUGGUUAACAAUGAUGUUUGCAAGAGUCUUGGCAUGGAGACGUCUCUCUUUGAGCGCUACCGGGAACAGGCGUGGAUGCUGGAUACACAAUAUCGCAUGCACAAUGGCAUUUGCGAGUUCCCAUCCCAGGAGUUCUAUGAAACGCGGCUGAAAACGUGGCCCCAGCUUCAUCGGAGACCCAGUGUGCUCCACCACAGGGAUAACAGCUGCUGCCCCAUCAUCUUCGGGCAUGUGGAAGGGAAGGAGCAGUCCCUCAUGAUUUCCACUGAGGAAGGAAACGAGAACUCCAAAGCCAACCCUGAGGAAGUGGCACAGGCGGUGAGGAUCGCCAAGCAGCUGGCACUAGAUGGCACCAUCCGGCCAGAGAGCAUCGCCAUCCUGAGCCCCUACAAUGCCCAGGUGUCCGAGAUCAACAAGAGCCUCCUGAGGGAGGGCAUCCGCGGGGUGACUGUCUGCACCAUCAUGAAGAGUCAAGGAAGUGAGUGGAAAUACGUGAUCCUCUCGACUGUACGCUCCUGCCCCCGGUCGGAGAUUGAUAGGAAACCCACGAAGAGCUGGCAGAAGAAGUACCUGGGGUUUGUUACUGACCCAAAUCAGGUCAAUGUCGGCAUCACACGAGCUCAGGAAGGACUCUGCAUCAUAGGGAACCGGUACCUCCUGGAAUGCAACCCCUUGUGGAAGAGACUGCUCCAGCAUUACCGCCAGCGCAACUGCUGUGCUGCAGCCCAGGAUAUUCGUGUCAGGAAGACCACAGCGAUCCGAUGAGGAUGGGCCCUCUCUGCCAGAGCUGCGUUACGUGUGCCUUGGGAAGGACCAGAUCUUUCCGUUCUUUGGUGACCCACGGAGCCAAAUGCAGCAGGGGAGCUGGGAGCUUCCCCUGCACCAUGACAGCUCAGAGCUUCAGCACCUCCUUCAGCAUUUUGGGGUGUUUUUAAUCAGUGCAACCUUGGACAGGAACUUUCAGCUAUUAGCAAACCAAAAAGCAUUGGAGAUGGAUGACGGGCGUGCGACUUUAUUGAUGACAUUACUGUUUUUGUAACUGUAAGAUGCUCAGCAGAACCCCCCCAUCCUAACUGCCACUACAGCUGCAAUUUUUGGGGACCAAAUAUUUAGUCCAGCCAUCGGAGUUGCUCUUUGGGGAUCAAAUACUCAGUCUAUUCGUCGAGGUGGAGCAACCACACAAAGCAGAGCUGCUCAGCAAGAUGCUGUUUACCCUGGAGGACCAAAGCUUCUGAGUAAAAAAAGCAUCUCAUUUUAAAACCAAGGCCAGGGUGAUUUUUAAGACUUCUCAUUUUUUAUUUUUUUUUUCUUUUUUAAGUGAAGGAAGAAAGCAAAGAGAGGUGCAUGCACCACUCCUUGUCCAGCCAAAAUGUUGUUCUCUGAGCAUGUAAAUAUUUCAGUGCCAAGGCCAAGGUGAUUUUGUAAAUAGAUUUACGUGUUCUUUGUACAAAGGAGGUUGUCCUCACCAGCACAAAGGUAAAAAAGGAAAGGUGGGGACUGCUCCUACCUAGCCUGUUUUAGACUGUUCAGAAUUUAUUUGAAAUCUCCUGUUGAGCCCCUCUUUCCUACCCCACAUAUUUUUUUUUUAAAGCUGCUUCUAAUUUAUUAACUUUUAACUCUGUGAAUUUGUUUCACAGCCUUAUGGCCUGAGAUUUUAAGAGUAGUGAAGGAAAUUUGAUAAAUGUACCACGGCAUAUGUGUGUAUAAUGUAUUUUUCUAUUUUCUGUAGCCAAACUGCUGUGAGCUGGAAGCUGUGAUUCACUAGAGAGGCUGCUUUUGCCCAGUGUGGCUGGUGGCGAUGUAUCACGGUGAAGCGGUGCUCUCUGAGAAUCAUGGAGCUGCUUUUUGAAGCAUGAUAGUUUUGAGGGAGGGUGUCUUUUAUCUCAUUUCAACUCUGAAUGUAUGAAGUGCCUGCCUCGGCUCUCCCCAAACCACGUGCUUGGCUGUCUCUAGGUGUCCGUGUGGGACGGAGAUGAGAUGCAAACACGGUGUAGUACCAAGUCUAUACUGUGCUGGGACACAAGUUUUCCUUGGUGUGAGUCCCUGUGGUUUCACAGCGCUGUGGGAGGAUGAAUUUCAUCCUGUUUGCAGCUGAAGUGCAGCGUGGCUCUUUCCAGUGUGGAGGAAUGUGCAAUAAGGAAGCAUUGUGUCAGGAAAAGUCUGUAUUUAGCGCCGUGUUUCUUCUCAUGAACUCUUUGUUAGACUUGGCUAAAGAACACAUGGAGAAGUUUUGUUGUUCUCUUCCUAGUUUUAAACUACCUUCCUGCACAUCUGCCUUUGGGGGGUUUGAGCUCUAUGCCAAAGACCACCCAGGCUCACUCUUGUCCUGCUGAAGCAUAAUAACAGGCACAUGGCUGGUGAUUCCAUGAGGCAUAAAACCCCAUAGGAAGUACAUCCUGCUGGUUCUAAAGAUGCUGGUAAGAUGUAAAAUUCAUUGUUCCUCUUUGAAGUCAUCCAGGGUGGGACCUUAAAAGAUUCUGCAGCAGCCUGGUUUUGCAAAUAUUACUGCAAUUCCAAAAUAAGAUUGUCAGCAGACUACUGAAAUGCAAUCAUCUAGCUCCAAGAUGAUGCGGAGAAUUGCAGGAGAGGCUGGAAUUCUUGGGAUAGCUACUUUAACAUGGGGCCAGCAUCGUUCUAACAAAGCCACCUUGGUCACUUUAGAACCAGUGGGCCUCAUUUUCAUGAUCACCUGUAAGUGUAGAGUUUCUCCCCUGGGUUUUUUUCCUGGUUAUUUCAUACAUGUAACACAUUAUUUCAUAUGGGAGAAGACUCACCCCAUGUGUAGUGGCUUAGUCCGUGCUCUUGGAGGGGGUUUGGCCAAGAGAGAGACCUCAUAGAGCAACUCCCUUUGUCCUCAGUGGGGAAAAAAAUGUUUAUUCCUACUCCACAGAGGCAAAGGCUAGACUAAAAUGCUUUGCUUGGUCAUUUCUGUGUUGCAAGACAAUAUACAUAUUUUUUUUUUUUCCUCUGAAGAUGUAUUUUAUAACUGGUGUUUAGAAAAUACACCCAAGCAGCAGUUACAGCCAGGCUGGACCCUUGUGCUUCUGGCACUGUGAGCAGGUUCCUGGAGAGCUGGACAUGGAAUAGUCAGGGAUAGCAGAAAGUGCAAUUAAACUUUUUAUAGACUGUAGUGACAGUUGAAUAUCAUGUUUUUGUCCUUGUGCUCAUGGAGAGAAUCAUAGAAAUCAAUAGAGGAAAAAAAAGUCCAAGUUGGUUUGGUUUCAUUUGCACACAGAGCUUUGAAUUAACUUUUGAAAGAAUUUUACAUUCAAGCAAAUGUUCUUAAAAUACCAAGCCUUUGGGAAUCCCAGUGGGAACACCUCGCAGCAUGGUGCCCAGGGCAUCUGUCCAGUCACAGGGUCUGUGUUCUCCACAGUCACAGCCAAAAAAGCACAUGGUUGCAGGACACAAAUGUCAGUUCAUCCAUCAGGAUUAACUUAAUUUCUUCGGCAUUAGGUAGAGCUUGAGCACAAAUUGAACAAGGGGAACCUAUGCAGGGAGCCAGUGGUGUGCCUGGUGUCAGCCUGGGAUGGGCCAUGUGGUUCCAGGAAUCCUCUCCUUGGCCAGCUGGACUGUUUCUGAGGACUUGGACAGAUCAAUGUAGGACAAUCAAUUUACUGCAAUAAAUUGAUGGGGUUUUUUU